AUUGGACAAAAUCAGUACCACGUGUCUGGUUGGUGCAACCCGGAAGAAUGACAAAUGUUAAUUGUUGCAAGCGAUCUCGAGUUUUGGUUCGAAGAAGUGGAAUUUCUUUUCUUGAAAAACAAGUGUAGUUAUCCAACAGUGCUACCAAACUGCCAUUUUGUUUGAUUACAUACACUGAUCAUCGUUUUGACCAGUGACUGGUUUCACUCUUCUAUCCCAAAUCUUAGUUUUUGUGCUGUUUCAUUUUCCACGUUGUCAUCACCCGGCAAACUUCCACUCUUUGGAGCUGCGCUUAAACCAAAGAGCAACCAACAUGGCCUCCUACUUCGACGAGCACGACUGUGAGCCCACCAACCCCGAGGAACAGUACCGCCAGAAUGCCCUACUUGAACUGGCCAGGUGAUGAUCCACCUAUUGGAAGAGAUUGGAGCAUUUGUUCCAUAUCCUUGAUCUCCAUCUUAAGGUCUCUGAUGCAGGGCUUGGACUUGAUGGACUCGGGGGAUUCUUCAGACUGGAACCAGCGUCUCCCCCCCCCUGCUGCAAAAGUAGCCGUGCAGACACUCAAUGUAGUUGUUAUUUCUCCCGAACAAACAGACAAAGGCUUGAAGUGUCCCGUUUGUUUGCUGGAGUUUGAAGAGCAGGAGACGGUUCGAGAAAUGCCCUGCAAACAUCUUUUCCACUCGGGAUGUAUCCUGCCAUGGCUGGGCAAGACUAACUCCUGCCCGCUGUGUCGACUUGAACUACCAACUGAUAAUCCGGACUAUGAAGAGUUUAAGAAAGAUAAGGAGAGAAGAAAACAAAGAGAGUACAGACUGGAGGACCUCCAUGGCGCAAUGUACACAUGACAGUGACCUUUCAUAUCACGCAGUAUUCAGGAAGUUCUUAACUGUCAGAGUGAAAGUACACACAUUCAGCCUUCACUAUGCAGUAGUGACUUCUUACCAUCUCCUCAAAAAUAUAUUUUAUUUUAUAAAUUACGAUAUCUUUAUGA